AUGAACACCAGAAAAAUUUUUGAUUUCUUUAAACCUUUACCUAACCCUAAGAAACAAAAAGUUAAUGUGAAUAAUGGGAAAUGCAGUUCGGAAGCAUCGACUACGACUCCAAUUGUUGAUCUAGAUCAAAAAGAAGACGCAAUCGGAAUCAAGGAGGAUGAUUACCCUUCAACUUCCUCAUCGGACAAAGAAGUAUCCAGGUUGGUGGGAUUAGGAUCUGAUUCAGACGAUGGUAAGAUUAGUAAUGAAGAUAGUGAUUAUGUUAAUGGGGAUGAACACCCAGUUUGUUGGUCUCUUGAACAAAUUAUUGAAUUUAAAGCAAAAAAUCCACGGUUAAUUGUGAACAAAGAACUAGGUUGUAAUAUUUGCAGAAGCGUCAGUACUCUAGGUGCCGAGAAAACAAAGGGCCUUAAAAUUAGUGAAGAGUGGGUUUUAGGAACUGUUACCGCUUCUGGAAACAAUAAAAAAGACCAACAAUCCUCUCUUAGGAAAAAGAUGUUUUUACACCGUGGGUCUCGAGCUCACUCUUUAGCUGAAAAAAUACUCAAUGAAGCAAAGAAAGAUAAAAUGAAAAAAGCUGUUGCUUCUAUGCAUCAGGAACAGCAGAUUGUUACUGAGCGCAUUUUCCGCACGGCUUAUAAGCAGGCCAAACUAAAUAGGCCGUUUUUUGAGUUUGAAACAGAAAUCGAUCUUCAAAUAAUCAAUGGUUUGGAUAUGGGCCGAAUACUCCAUUCAAAUGUUGCUUGCUCCAACAUAGUUCAUCAUAUUUCUGAUGAAAUGAAAUCAGACUUAAUAAAUGGCCUAAUCAAGUCAGACUCUAAAUUUUCACUGCUUUUGGAUGAGGCAACUUCAGUUUCGAACAAAAAUGCUUUGGUGGUUUAUAUCAGAACUGUUUUAAAAGGAAUGCAAAACCCUAUGACAAUGUUCUUAACACUUUUUGAGCUAAAUAGCACAACAUCAGCUGGUAUUUUACAAGAACUUUUUAAUCAGUUACAAGCAUUAGGUCUAAGCUUUGAAUUCAUGAAAGACCAUAUGAUUGCUCUAACUUGUGACGGUGCAUCAGUGCUACUAGGCAAAAAAUCUGGCCUUGCUAUGCAGCUUACUGAAACAUUCCCCAACCUGUUCAUUUGGCAUUGUUUAAACCAUCGUUUAGAGCUUGCCGUGCACGAUUCGGUAGAAGAAGUAGCUGGAAUCAAUCAUUUCAAGAUAUUCAUGGAUAAAAUUAGAAACAUGUUUAGUUGCUCUCCGAAAAAUAGCAGGGAGUUGGCAGAAGUUGCUAAAGGACUAGAGGAGCAGAUUUUGAAAAUCGGCCGUGUUUUAGAUACUCGUUGGGUAGCCUCCAGCUUAAUGGCGGUGAAAGCAGUAUGGACAGAUUUUAAAGCUUUGUACAAUCAUUUUUUACAAGCAUCUGAAGAGAAGCAACGGGACUUGAAACAACGUUCGUCUUACAAAGGGCUUUGUAGUACAUUGUCAUCUACAACUUUUGUACACAACCUGGUGUUGAUGUACGAUGCUUUAGAUGAGUUAGCGGAUUUAUCCUUACAGCUUCAGCAAUCAAGCCUCAACUUAAUCCAAGCUCACAGUGACGUAACAAUGUUAAUAAAAGUGUUUGAAAACCGAGUUGAUAACAUGGGUAGACGUGCAGUGGAAGCUAAAAUUGCUAUAGACAAUAUGAAGUUUCAAGAUGUUGAACUUUGUGAAAGAGCCAAGAUUCCGAUUAUUCCAGAAAAACAGUUCUACCGGAGCCUUGCUAACAACUUGACUUCAAGGUUGCUAUCAUCGUCAAAUGCGUCUGAAAACUACAACUCCAUCAUGAAUGACAUCAAAGUGAUCCACCCCAUGUAUUGGCCAAAAGACUUAUCUAUCACCUACGGAGAAUACGAGAUCCAGCGAAUCUGUGAUAAAUUCAAGAUUAGCAGCUCUCGGGAUAUAAUUAGAGACUUCAGACACUUCAAGCAGGGACUGAAGCCUAUGUUAAGCGGAGAGAAACCUACUAUUAUUGAGCAGCCGCCGUCGUUUAAAUAG